AUGCAAGACUACCCCAGACAUGCUUGCCCUGGUCAGCACGGACUUGGGGCACAUGUUGAUCUCUUUUCAUGGGUUGCCUUACUGAGCUCAAUUAUUAGUGAUAUCGAGUUGUAUUUGGGACUCCCUGAGACGGUUCCCAAGCGGUUGUGGCUGGGCUGGUUGGACGCGGUGCACUGGGACGCGAGACACCAGCGCUACGCCGAUCGUGCUGGCUGCUCUGCUGACUCCUUUUCGCCGUAUGUGGGGUAUGCCAACCUCUACCCCCUGCUUCUCGGGAUCCUCGACAACAAGGAGCGUGCACUGAAGGUUAUUGAGCUUGCCAAGGCGGAGCUGAUGACUCAGUACGGCAUGAUGUCAGUUUCGUACGCCUCGGUGCGUGCGGCACGCCAUGCAGGGCUGCGCCACGACAACCGUUGGAUGGGCCACAUCUGGAUCUCCACGAACGUUCUUAUGGCGCAUGCCCUGAGGACGAAAUACAUUGGUCUGCUUGGGGAGCCAGCGACAGAGCUGUUCAAUCAGCUGCGGUCGUCUAUGCUGAAAACCAGCGGCGAGACUCCGUGGGUGCAGGAGGCCUACAACCCCGUGGAGGGUUCUGCGGAGAGCGCCGUUUCUCUCAUGGCGGACCGCGCUAUUUGGUUGGGGCUCCUUGAAAGUAGCCGCUAA